GGCGGCGCCCGGGCGCGAGGCGGGGGCAGACCCGCGAGGGAAAGGUGUGGUGCCGGUGGGAGCUGGGGAAAUGCCCAAGUCAAUGGAAGAAUAUCCUCGGGUGAGGAUUAACUACAACAGAAAAGAAUCACUGGUGCUACUAAAAUGAAGAUUUCUAGGCUUCACUCUACUCCAGGGGACAUCAAGAUGGCAACAUACACACGUGGUCAACUCAGCCCCUCUCUAAGAGAUAAAGAACUCGGACCCAUGGUCAUUGAAAUCAUAGAAAAAAAAAUUGAGUAUCUUAGAAAAGAAAAUACUUUAAAUAUACGUGGGACACUGCUCGUUGGAACAGCAGCUGGUUUCUCUGGAAUAUUGGCAAACUUCCUUUUCAGACACUGCUUCAAGGUUAAACAUGAUGCUUUGAAGACAUAUGCAUCAUUGACUACACUUCCAUUUUUGUCUACCUUAGUUACGUAUAAGCUCCUUGUUACAGAUGCUUUGUAUUCAGGUAAUAUAAGCGUGGAAGAAUGUGCUCUGAGAAGUUCACUUGUUGGCAUAGUAUGUGGUGUUUUAUAUCCAACUGGUUUGGCUUUUUCUAAAAAUGGACGUCUGGCAGUAAAGUACCAUACUGUUCCACUGCCACCAAAAGGAAGGGUUUUACAUCACUGGCUGAUGCUUUGUCAAACAGAUAUAAAAGGAAUGCUGAUUCCUCUAGCCUUUCAGAUAGUCUUUGGAAUAUACCAGGGUAUACAACAUUAUGCAGUAUUUCAGAGUACGUUAGAGAAAACUGUACAUGAAGAUUAACCAAGUAGUGAAUGGAUUUUUUUAUGGUGAGGACUCAGGUAUUGCUGAAAGAGUUCAAAGUAACUCUGGACAAUUUGUUUCUGUUCUUUUGCCUAGUGUAUAGCAGGUUCUCAAUAAAUAUUCAGAAACUCAAUAAAUAAAUGUAAGUUUUUUCUUUCUUCCUCAUUGUAUGUGGAAAUGGGUUUAGGCUUCAAGUUCUGAUCUGUACAUUUAUAUACUGUCAUUCAUCAAACAUUUAUUGAGCAACAACUGCCUCUCAGGCACUGUGUUACAUAUAAUAAGAAAUGGUCCUUAUCCAGAAGGAACUCACAAUUAGAAGAUAAAUUAAACAUAUGAACACACAGCAUGAGAGAGUUUGAGAGGUAUACACAUAAUUCUGUGGGCACAUUGAGGAUGUGGAUAUUAACUAUUUGGGCAGAAGGGAAAACUAUAGAGAAGAAGUGACAUUUGACCUAAAUUUUUAAGAAGUUGAAAGUUUAUAAGAAAGCAAAAUACAGAAAUAGCAUACAGCCCAUUCCUUCACUCUAAACUCUGAUUCAGCUAGCUUCUUAUAGUUAACACAUUCUUUUCACUGUGCUGUUUAAAGAACAUAUAUUGAGUGCCUACUGGCUAUGCAUUUAUACAGGCACCAGGAGUACAAAGAUUCAGUCCCUACCCUCCACAAGUUUAAAAUCUGAAGGAAGAAAUCAAAGCAUGCAUCUUUAAGUCUGCUAGAGCAUUCCUGAGCUACACAUUU